CGCGUCCCAAACUUGAACCUUUUCCCGCUCACAGCCCUUAUUCCCAGUAUCGUCAAUCCAUAUCGUUAGAGAUGGCGGCUCCGACAAUGGCUCGAUCUGCCCCUCACAUGUUGCUGGUGGUCCUCCUCGUCUUCCUCUUCGGCAGCUGCACCGCGCAGAACUGCACCACCAACAACCUCAUGACCACGUAUCCCGCACCCGUGGCAGCAAACGGCUGGGAGUACCGCCUCAUCUCAACCGGGUUGACCGCACCGCGAUCGAUCGUCUUUGAUUCCACUGGCGGUCUGCUGGUGCUGGACGCCGGAGUUGGCGUGCGUCGUCUCACUCUGCAGGACAACGGCGGGACUUGCUUGAGUGUGACGGCCAACACGACGCUGAUUGCGGACACGGCUCUCAAUCAUGGGCUCGCCAUCUCAGCUGAUGGCGCCACCAUCUACGCCUCCACAGUCAACGACGUCUACGCGUACACGUACAACGAACAGACCAACACCGUUGAUCCCACCACGAGACGGACUCUCGUCACCAACAUGACCAACACGGAUCACGUCACUCGCACUCUGCUCAUCUCACAGAAACUGCCAAACGAGCUCCUGGUUUCCAGGGGCAGCGCCGCCAACGAGGAUCCCCAAGCUCGCAACGUUACCAGUGGACACUCGCAGAUUCGUGCCUACGACCUCUCCACGCUUGCACCUACGGAUCCGCCCUUCGAUUUCGUUGCUGGCACGCUCAUUGGCUGGGGUCUGAGAGACUCAGUUGGUGUCGGCGAAAACCCUACGACCGGCGGCAUCUUCUCUGUUGAGAACUCCGUCGACGACCUCACGCGCGAGGGCGUGGACGUACACCAGGACAAUCCCGGCGAAGAGCUCAACUUUCACGGCAUCUUGGGCAACGCUGCCAACCAAGGAGGCAACUAUGGCUAUCCCGACUGCUAUGCCCUCUGGUCAACGGCAGGGUUCCCUGAUCUGGGGACUCUCGAAAUUGGUGACCAGUUUGCCUCGGACAACGCAACGGCUGGCGUGACAGACGCUACUUGCAACACGGACUUUGUUGAUCCUCGACUUGUUUUCCAAGCGCAUGUCUCUCCUCUGGACAUCAAGUUCAACACCAAUGGCACGACAGCGUUCAUUACCUUCCACGGCAGUACGGAUCGAACUGUUCCCGUAGGUUAUAGCAUCGUCGCCGUUGGGUUCGGCUUGAAUGGCCAGCCUACUGCUCCGAUGGACAGCACCACGGCUGCAAACAACAUCAUUACAAGCCCAGACCUUUCCCAGUGCCCCGAGGACUGCUUCACACCAGUGGGCCUUACGUUUGAUACUAUUGGCCGCCUCUUCUUCACGUCGGACACCACUGGCGAGAUUUUCGUCCUUCAGCAAGCUGCCGACGACGGCAAUGGAGAUGGUGACGGCAAUGGUGACGGCGACGGCAAUGGUGAUGGAGAUGGCAACGGGGCUGCCCUUGCCUCUCUGAUGGCUGGAUUCAUCCUUGCUUGA